AUGAGUUCCUAUUUUGUUAACUCAACUUUUCCCGUGUCUCUGCCGGGAGGACAGGACUCUCUCCUGGGUCAGAUACCGUUAUAUUCCUCGGGAUACACCGAUCAGUUAAGACACUACUCCAACGCGGCCACAUAUGGAGCAGCCAACAUGCAGGAGAAGGUUUACCCGGCGUCCUACUACCAGCAGACGGGCGCAGCUGCCGCGGCCAUCUACGGGAGGGCCGGCGGCGGAGCGCCCUGCGACUACAACCCGGUCGGGACUUUCUACAAGGACGCGGAUGGCUCGUGCGCUUUCUCGAGUCACCGCGACGACCAGCCGCUGUUUGUCACGCAGGAGCAGCGCAAAGCGGAGUGCGCGGAGCACACUGUCAGCAUGAGCGGCAGCAGCAUCGACGACAAGUCCUCCACCCUCAUCUACCCGUGGAUGCAGAGGAUGAACGCCUGCUCCGCCGGUCCAUUUGGCAACAGUGGCCGCAGGGGCCGACAGACCUACACCCGCUACCAGACUCUGGAGCUGGAGAAGGAGUUCCACUUUAACCGCUACCUGACCAGGAGGCGCCGGAUAGAGAUCUCCCACGCCCUGUGUCUGACGGAGAGACAGAUCAAAAUCUGGUUUCAGAACCGCAGGAUGAAGUGGAAAAAGGAGAACAAACUCCUGAACCCCUCAAAGACACCCGAGGAGGAGGAACAGGCGGAGAAGAAGAGCUAAAUGACACCCUCCUAAAAAUAAAAAUGUAUUUCUUUGUAGAUAAAGUGCUGCAAAUCCCAUGUUAGAGACGUGUAGGGUGAUAGACUGUAUUUCAGUUUCUGCACGGUGAUAAUGUCUGCAUUAGGUUCCCAUCAGGUCCUCCUCUGUUUGUCCUUGUGCUCGUGUGUUUAUUUAGGGGACUAUGCAAAACCCGCCAAAAUGUAAAUACUUUUUUAGUGUUUUAGUUUUUGACAAUGUUGUUACCUCAUUAUCGUAGGCCUACUGCGUUUUAUUAUUAUUUUUAUGACAUUAAAAGAAGCUUUGGUCCUUCAUUGUACAUCUUGUGGUGUUAGUUGUCCUAUAAUAAUAAUAAUACUUCUAAUAAUAAUAAUAGUCUUGUUGUUUACAGCUGUGCCAUCAACACUUAACAUUUGUACAGAUACAAAAAAAUGUUACAUGUUAUUUAUUGUCGUUCACCUUGUGUUCAAUGCACAUCUGGAUAUUGUGUGCAAUAUUUUGUUUAGAAAAUUGUACAUAGAA